UGAUUGCCAAUGGAGUUUUGCAUUGGCGGUUGCGUUAUAAAGGGAGCACGAAUCACAAAACAUGCACACAACACCUAAAUACAAGCAAGUCAUGGCCGUGUUUGGUCAUCUUGGGCUGGUGUCUCUGGUCGCGUUGAUGCUGGUGUCUCAGCUUGACGUUACCAGUGCUGCCGUCCGGGUGUUUGGUUUACACGCCAGGGACCUCACCGGUGACCCUCUUGGAAACAAACCCGACCCGUACAUCAAGGUCUGGUGUGGCUCUACUUUUGGGGGUCAGACAGAAUACCACAAGGAUACUGCAAAUCCUUCGUGGUCUGCAGAGUUCAACUUCCCGUACUGUAAAUGUGACGAAACCCUGAAGCUGGAGGUGUGGGACAAAGACAUGACUUAUGAUGAUCUGCUGGGCACGUGUACCAAACUGGUGCAAUACGGGUCUUUCACCGUUACUUGUUAUCUUAACAAAGGAACUGUGUUUUACAGGUUUGAGGCUAAAUAAAUCUGUUCCAAAUUA